CUAUUGACCAGAUACAGGUCUCUUAUAUUAUUAUUUUUCAUCUUCUUCAUGUUUAUGAUGAUUGUGCGAAUUUUUUUUUCUUAUAUAUAUAAAUAUAUAUACAUAGCUAUAUAUAAAUAUGUAGAACAAUAUAUGCAUUAUAUGACCAAAUAUAUGGAUCGCCAACAACAAGGACCUGUGCUAUGUCUCAAACAGGGAAAAAUUCAAGGUGUCAUUAAGUAUAACGUUUGCAGUAAUAAUGAUAAUUAUUUGGCAUUUCGAGGAAUACCUUAUGCGAAACCACCGAUCGGCGAGCUUAGGUUUCAGGAUCCACUACCAGCGGAAGGAUGGAACGGAAUAAGGGAUGGUUCGAAAUUCGGUAAUAUUUCCAUCCAAUUAACUACGAGUGGUAAGGUAAUAGGUAGCGAUGAUUGUCUCUAUCUAAACGUUUAUAAGUCAAAAAGAAUCGAGAUGUUUGCGAAACUGCCGGUAAUGGUAUGGAUUCAUUGUGGUGGCUUUUAUUUGGGAUCAGGAAACGAUGCCAUGUGCAGUCCUGAUUAUAUCAUUCGAAAGGACAUCAUACUCGUUACGUUCAAUUAUAGAUUAGGUGUAUUAGGAAGACAUGCUUUAGGAUUUCUUAAUUUGGAACAUGAAGUUGCACCGGGAAAUCAAGGCUUAAAGGACCAAGUAAUGGCAUUACGUUGGGUCAGAGAUAAUAUCGAAGUAUUCGGUGGUGAUCCUCAGAACGUAACUAUAUUUGGUGGAAGCGCUGGAGCAGCCUCGGUUCAUUAUUUAACAAUAUCACCGUUGGCAGAAGGAUUAUUUCACAAGGCUAUAGCGCAAAGCGGCACAGCCAUAAACAGUUGGGCUUAUACAUCCGACGAACCAAGAAGAUACGGUUAUCAGUUAUCAUCUAUGUUAGGUUUCGAAUCGUGCGAUCCAGAAGCUGUCGUUGAUUUUCUAAGAAAAGUGGAUGUUAAGAAACUCGUCAAAUAUCAAUCAUAUGUAAUACCAGAGGAUAAAUUAACGAUGUUCUCGCCGUUUUUACCAGGAGUGGAUUACAAAUCGAAGAAUCCAUUCUUAGCGCAACCACCGGAGGUCGCUAUGCAACUUGGCACUAAGGUACCGUUCAUGUUAGGGUUCAACGGUAUGGAAGGAUCCUUUUUUAUGGGUGUUCAUAAAAUCUCAUCGACUAUUUUCGAAAGAAUUCGUCAAUUAAAAGCCACUUUCAAGGAUUUAAUAUCGCCAUAUCUCGCGAAAAAGCUUCAAGACAAAAAUAUCACGAUAAAUGAUUUUGAACGUUUGUAUUUUGGUGAAAAAUUGUUCAGCGCCGAUCUUUCCAAAAAUGUAAUGCACUUUUUAGGAGACGUAUUGUUUCUUCAUCAUAUUUUUGAAUUAGCACGAACCUUGCAGAAGAUAAAUAAAUAUCCUGUGUACUUAUACAAGUUCUCUUAUGACUCCACAAAUGCUACCUUUAUGAAGACGGCCAUGUGCAUUCAGAUACCAGGACCUACGCAUGGCGAUGAAUUAUUUUAUAUGUUCUAUGGGAAAUUUCAAGAAUAUUUAUCCUUGAAACCACAUAGUCCUGGUACAAAAGAUUAUAAAAUAAUGGAAUAUUUUACGCAAUUGUGGACCGAUUUUGCUAAGACAGGAAAUCCCACACCAACUACUACAGAACUUAUUCCCGUUUUAUGGGAACCUUUGGAAAAAAAUGCGAACGAAUACAAUUAUUUCAACAUCGAUGAGAAUUUAGGAAUGGAAAGAAUUCCAAUAGGUGCACAAAGAUUCGAAUGGAAUACGAUAAGGAAGAGAAAUUUGUAAUCAUGAGAAAUGAUUUGCUUAAAAUUAAAUCAUAUCGAUAUCCAGAUAUUUGUAAUUUUUUAUAAAUAUACCAGCUGUAUUUUUUUUAUAACGUGUGAUCUUGCUCAAUAAAAAUUUAAUCAUUGUGUAGAUAUUUGUUAAAAAAAAAAAAAAAAAAAAUUUGAUCACAUGAAAAUUGCAUGUAAAUAAGACACACACACACAUACAAACACGCAUAUAUUUACAUAUAUAUAUAAAUAAUAAAAAGGAUCAUUUUCGAGGAACAAACAAACAAG